AUGCGCUCCCCGCGAAGUGGGGAUCGUAACCCGUUAUCCACCAUAGAGACGUCGAUGCCCUCACAGGUGGCGCCCUCGAGCUCCAGCGCCGCCACCCCCUACUCCGUCGCCGAGGGCAAACCCACCACCGACUCUUACGCUCGCGGCAAUGGCGGCAUCGGCGCGACGCUGGAUACGUCGAUACUUGAGGAGGACGUGGUGUUCAAGGCAACGGUUGAAAACCUCUGUGAGGCGCUACGGAAACGGUUGCAGCAUGGCAAGCCCCCCUUGCCAGCGCUGUACGAGCUCAUCUACCCCGACCCCGCGGACGGGGAGUCCGGCAGCCGCGUGAAGAAGGAUGCCUCGGGGUACGCUGAGGAGUCGCUUUCCUCAAGCUCCUUAAAUGACGGGUUCAAUUCCGCUCAGAGAAUGUUUGCAGCUUCGGCCGCGAGGCUGGAUGACGAAACCAAGCUCAAAUUUUAUGCCCUAUAUAAGCAGGCCACGGUGGGGAAUAUUAAUAUUGCUAAGCCAUGGUUAAUGGACCUCGUGGGGCGCGCCAAGUGGGAGGCGUGGAAUAAGCUCAAGGGGACCGAUCUGGAUGAUGCAAAACGGAUGUAUAUAAAUGAGUAUAAGCGAGUAAAGGAGAUGCAGGGUGGACAAUGA